UUCUAAGCUCCCUCAAAAAACCUUCAAUUCACCUAAAUUGGCAAAAAAUAAAAGACAACCAAAAAAUCCACUCUCUAUAAGAAUAAAAGGAAUAAAAAAAUGGUGGCUCUCUCAAAGCCCGCAAUCCAACAGUACCCCAAGCCCAAAAACGUAACCACAUUUUCCCCCGACGACAUCCCAUUGAUCGACCUUUCCCGGCCCGACCCAAAGGCCCAACUCGUCAAGGCCUGUGAAGACUUCGGCUUCUUCAAGGUCAUCAACCAUGGCGUCCCGUCUCAUAUUAUCAACGACCUUCAAUCGGAGGCCCUCAGAUUUUUCUCCUUGCCACAGCCCGAUAAGGAGAAGGCCGGGCCGCCCAGCCCGUUUGGGUACGGCGACAAGAGGAUCGGCCCAAAUGGGGACGUGGGCUGGGUCGAGUAUUUUCUCCUAAACGGUGACCAAUCGGCCCAUCACAAGUUCGGGUCGGUUUUCGGCGAGGCUGCUGAUAAUUUCCGUUUUGUAGUAAAUGAAUAUUUGAAGGCCGUGAAGAAAAUGACAUGUGAAAUUCUUGAGAUGUUAGCUGAUGGGCUCGAAAUUCAACCAAUAAACACUUUCAGCAAAUUACUCAUGGACGAAGAGAGUGACUCUGUUUUUAGGGUAAAUCACUACCCUCCACGGCCCGAUUACCUGGACUCAGACGAACGUAACCUAAUUGGGUUUGGAGAGCACACAGACCCACAAAUAAUAUCCGUUUUGAGGUCCAACAAUACGUCGGGCCUCCAAAUAUCUCUCAAGGAAGGUAGUUGGAUUUCGGUCCCGGCAGACGAGAACUCUUUCUUUAUCAAUGUUGGUGACUCAUUGCAGGUAAUGACCAAUGGGAGGUUUAAAAGUGUAAAGCAUAGGGUUGUGACCAACACCUCAAAAUCAAGGCUAUCAAUGAUUUAUUUUGGAGGACCACCAUUGAGUGAGAAAAUAGCCCCAUUGCCUUCAUUAAUGGAAGGUGGAAACAGCUUGUACAAGGAAUUUACAUGGUUUGAUUACAAAAAAUCUGCUUACAAGUCAAAGCUGGCUGAUAAUAGACUGUGCCUCUUUAAAAAAGUGGCAGCCUCAUAAUCAUGUGUAUUUAAGAAAGUUAAUGAAAGUUCUCUAUUUUUAAUUAAGGGCUUGCAAAUUAAGGGGGUUUUAAAUAUAUGUCAUUCAUUGUAAUCAAUCAGUUUAAGAUUAAUAGCUAUGUUUGGAGCAAAAUUUGGAAUUUCAAA